GGCAAUUAGAGCAAGCCAAAUCCAUGCCCACCCACACUCCUGGCUGAGGACUCGGGCUGCUCUUGGAAGUGCCUUAUCACCACGAACUUCUUGCCCGUCGUUUCCUAACGAGGCACGUGAGCCCUAAAGCACCUCCCCGCUCGGCACGGCACAGCUCUCACGUCAGCCACGAAGCUCCCUGAGGGCAGGACGUGUUGGGAUCCCGACAUUUGGGGUGAGCAGCAGCACCUGGAGGGUGUCAGCCGGCGGCUCCACGUGAGAUGAAGCUGUGCACCAAGGCAGUCGGCGAUGGUGAGAGCUUCAGGUGGGAGACCCGGUGCCUGUAGGAGUGGGAGAGGUGCUCCCGUCUCAAUAGGGAUGAGCAAUUGAGACAAGCGUAGGAGUGUGCUGUGGAAAGUGAACAGCAGGCAUCUGUGGCAUCUUCACACCGGCCUUUGAAAGGAGAAAGUUUCCCUGAGCUGCCUUUGGUUCUGGUGCAAUAAGAGGAUUAGCACCCGGCAAGCUGGUCCGGGCCAGUGACUCAUGUGAGGAAUUCAGACGGCAAUUCUGUUUGCAAAUUGCCAGCUUUGAUUUGGGGCAAUUUGGUCAUUAUUCUCAACUGUUCGGGGAAAGCAUGUUCUCGCUAUAUCAGCACUUCUGCUGGUGGGCGUUUUGCAAACCCUUCGCCUUUGUGCUGGCCGCAGCGGGGGCUCGGUCCGUCACGCCUUGCUGGGGUCUGCACCGCCCUUCCUAUUCAGUGACAGCCAAAGGAAAACCAGCAGCUUCAGAGCUUUCCAUCAGGGUUUGCUCGAACCCGUCGGAUGCACGAAGGUGUCACCAAAAGGGCAAGGUGUGUGACAAGUGGCUGGGUGCCCCCAGUGACAAGCUGCCAUGGCUUGAGGUGCCAAAACCUGCUUUUACAGAUAUUUUCACACCCCAUGGAGGGAAUCAGCUAGCAAGCUGGGGAAAUCAGGGCACAUCUACCCAGGAGCUGUUGUUUUCUUGCUCCUCGUUGGUAGCACAGCUGCUGUCGGUAGCAGCUGUCUUCACCUCCCAAUGCUCACGGAUGGGCAGCGCCAGGUCCCAGCACCUCUCCUAUUUUGCUGUGCAGAGAUCUCACUACGAAAGGCGCUGAAGCCAAGGCUGAGCCCGUCCCAGCAGCAACAGCAGCUCCCGAGCAUCGGUGGCAAGGUGGCCAGAAGCAGCCAUCUGCACCAGCAGGGCUCAGGCCCACGCCACCUGCCCCAGACAUCUUCCCGGAUGGUCCCUUCUGAAGACCAGCCGCUAUUUAUAGUCUGUGACACAGAAACGAGAACAUUUGGGAACGCUUCUCCAUGAAAGCGCAACCCAACAUUUUCUUUUAAUUUCUCCGUGCGAAACGCAAGCCAGCUCACCGCUCUAUUUUUAGCCUCCCCAUAACAAGCCGCAUGAGCAGGCGAGAGGAACAGCAUGUUGAUGAGGAAGGUUAUUGCACUCCAAACCUCCCCUCGCUUCUGCAAACAAGCUGUGCUGGGAGAGGCUUACCAGCAGCCAGCAGAGGGGCUAGGAAAGCUGUCGGUCCCCUCCUCGUGACAAACAACAAGUUCAGGGCUGCCAGAGAGGAUGGGGACGGACUGGGACCUGUUGGUUCUGCAGCAGGGUGGCCUCGAGAAGACAGCCCCCCAUGGCGAGCUGCUCGUGGGCGCCUUUGGCCUCUCUUUCGCCUUGCUCCUGCCUUCAGCUCGAAGGUUUGAGCCCAAGGACGCUGCACGAAACUCCCAACGUGAGAGUGAAGAGGAGCCUGCUUUGGGAAGCAAGCUCUCCAUAGCCAGCGUUGGCAAUCAUCCUGGAAAGGGAUGACAAAACCCCGAGCGUGUCUGGAUGGCAGGGAAGGGCAGCGUCCCCUGCGACACGCUACGAAAGGAGGAAUACGCUUGACCUAGAUACAUGAAAUAACAUGGUCCCUGGCAAAGGGCUGCAGCAAGAGGGAGAAUUUCACAUUCAUUAGAAACCCAGCUCCCUCGCCGCCCCCAGAUACAGACAGCCCAGAAAUAAAGAUGCGCGGGGACAAAACGGCUCCAGCACACGCCGGUUCCAGGUGGUGAAGCUCCACAGCGACGCAGCCACCACAGCCACAGGUGCCACCUGCCCUGUGCCACCAGGAGCCACCUCCCCUGACCCAUCCUCCUGCCUCCUUGGUGCAGAGGCUCCCAGCUUGCUGCCUCUUGUCCCCAGGCUUAGCAGACCAUCAUGGGGCCAUCUCACACGGGGUGGCACCAGAAGGGCUGUUGCAAGGCUGGAAAGGCUGUGCCAAUCCCCACUGCCACCAGGAGUGAUGUUUCAGGGGUCCAUCCUGGGUUUUCCCCCUGAACAAGCUUGCUCGGGGGUUUUCCUCAGGCUCUGGAGCUGGCAACGUGGACCCGGAGCACGGAGGUCUCUGAUCCUCCUGCCACGUGCAGAACAUGCCAAGGCUGGCGGAGCCCGUCUGGCAGGCGCUUGUAGGCAGGAGCAGCUCCUGCUUUGGUGCUCCAGGUUCUUAUUAAAGCUUGGGCACUGCCUCGCAUCCCCACCCAGGAGUGUGGGAAACGUAAUUGCUCCCUGGGCAGCGAAGAGCGAGCACGCAGGGCGUGAAACACGGGCCAGGGAAAGGGGGGAAGCCAGGCCAACAGUAAUUUGGGAAGUGCAAAGAAUUCGUGAAAGUCUCCCCAUCCCCACCCACAGCCCAAGGGCGUGUUACAACAGUGCUCUCCCAGGUUUCCUUCCACCACCAGGGAUGACUGAUCCCGACCAUGCAGGCUCAGGGCGCCGGGGCUUUGGGGAGCUCUGCUCCGUGUCCUGGGGUCUGCAGAGCCUUGUCCUGGGAGAUCCAUCCUCUCGGCCACCACGAGGUGCUUCCCAACAGCGAGGUUUUCAGCAACGUGGAGGUGACGGAACCUUGUGUGGCGGCAGUUUGCCAUGGUCAUCAGCAUCUCCAGGAGAAACCUGGGUGCGCACCAGCCCAGUGGGGACCUACGUCAGUCCUGUCACCCCUGUGGGAGGAAAGGGCUCAGGAAGGAGACUUUUGCGAGGGUCCAGCAUCCCUCAGAGCUGUGCCCCAUUGGAAAGCAGGGGAAUGUCCCAGCCCAGCCCCUCCUGGACCUCUGGGGGGGCACUGCUUUGGUAAAGCCGUGCAGAGGCGCAGCUGAAGGCUGCUGACCGCAGACCCACAGUGUGUAACUGCAGCAGGCUGAGCUGGGAUGCCCAUCCCUCGAGGGCACCAUCACAUUAAUCCAGAGUGAAAAGGUUGAGGGCUCGGUGGGCUUGGCAUUUCCUGCUUUGAUGGCUCCGUUUUUCGCUCUGUCCUCUCCAGGCCCUGUGGGAACCUUUUGAGGAGCUCAGUGCUGGCUGCGGGACCUGCUCCACGUCCCAUCCCCUGCUACCGGCCAGGCAGUGCUGCUGAAAGGAAAGGCUUUGCUCAAGCAGAAAUGCCACUUCCCCUGUCCCACACAGGGCAGAAACCCCCACACCUGGUGCUCACCUCUGGCAUUAAGGGCUUUAUCACUGCCUGGUGCAGGGAUGGCAGGUAAAAGGGGGUUAGACACCUCUGAGAAGCGAUGUUGGAAGCCUCUUCUAAGUCCUUGCCCCAAAUAAUUACCAUCUGCAUGUGUCCAGAUUGCCAGCACUUGGUGGAUGAGGGAGCUGACAAGCUCGGAUCCAUCACCCAAGCCAUGCUGACACUGCUCUCAGGGGCUGCCCUGCCAUGGGGGGAGCACGAGGUUAGCCUGGGAGCAGCCCUGGACAGGAGUCACCAUUCCUCCUCUGCAGCAACCUUCCCUCAAGCAUUUUUCUCUCUUGAAGCAGGGUGGAAAGCUUCACGAGCUUUCCCCAUCGCUGAUUGCCCAGGAAGAACUCAGCCUGAACCACCUACAUUUGUCUGUCUGAAGCAUUCCACGGUGCUUUGGAGCCAUUUAGAACUUGUCAUCAUUUUUUUUUUCUUCUGAAACUGAGUUGAAGUCAACCUUUUCCUGCAGACGGGCUUGGCCUUUUUUUUUUUUCUUUUUUUUUCAAACUGGCGAUUUUCCAGCAAGGAGAUUUGAACCCAAAAGACCCAGGGGCCAUGCAGAAAGCCUGCAGGAGCUCAUCUUGCAGGAGCCGCGUAGCCACAGGUGAUCCCUGAUGGGGAACGGGGAGAUUUGGGGCAGGACACAAACAGAGCAGGGCCAGCCAGAUGCUGCAUGGGCUGCUCCAAGCCCAGGAGCCUGUAGCAUGCGUGAGAAGCGAGGGGAAGCCUCAGCUGAGGCCACAGCAGGGAUAAUAAAAUGAAAUGAAUCAACUCUCAUCACCCAGCUGGUGGGGCAGCUGUGCUGGCUUGCCGUGCUUCUGCCUUCCUGAUCAGCCUCUGCUCAUCCCACCCAGCCCUCUCCCCUGCUUCAGAGGCUUUGCUGUGCAAGGCCAGGGCCAGCUGCAUCUCCAGGGGCUGGUAUGAGCCUGCUGAGCCCUCGGGCUGUUUUGUGCAACCGGGAGCAUCAAUUGAAUGAAGGAGACCACGGCAUCCUGGAGGCUUCAGCAUCCAGCGCUGAAAGGAGCUGGCAAAGGGAGCGAGGAGAUGCAGCCGGGGAACUGAAGUGUUUGCAGGCGGUGUGAUUUGCUGGAAGUCACCCGGCAGCACCCAAAUCUGCUGUAGAUCAUUGUGGGGGUUCUCCACGCGCUCAUCUGCUCCUGCGCCCUUGGGUGCCCUGCGGUUUUAAGGGAAAAGGUGAUACUGGGUGUCACCAAUGCCAGCAGACCUGUCUCCUUUCUGUCUCUGGAAGCAGAGCCCAGCCCCAAGCCUGUGCUACAGUUCCCAGCCGCUGUGCACAUCUCUUGUCUCCUCCUGAGACCUCCCAGUCCCUGAAGAAAUACGGCUCCAGCAGCACGCAGGCGUUUCCAAGAGCUUUCCUGGAGCCCUGGAUGGAGAGAAGAUGCAGUGCAGCUUUAUGCAGUGAUGCCCAGUGCCAAUAAAACCAAUAAGUGCUUCUAUUUAUCCUUCCUGGUACUGCAGACCUAACUGGGUUUGCACGAGGACAAGGAAUAAAACUGGAGGGUGGUCAGGAGCAGCAGCUCCCUGCCCACUGCUCACACAGACGUGUCCCUCGUCCUCGCUGCCAAAUUUUGCAGACCUCGCAACAGAAAUUAAAUCUUCCUGCCCUCGAGUUGCUCCUCAAAAUCUCAGCCCAAGCAAAGGUUUAUUCCCAGCGUUGCAUCUUAUUUUUUUUUCCCCCUUCUAUCUAGCCUGAAAAGGGCUUGGCAUUUAUCUGCGUGCAGGCACCUGAUCGGACUGGACUGGCGCAGACCAUCUGGGGACGGGCUCUGUGCAGACAAGAAGCUCCUCCAAUUAAUCCAAAACCUGAUGAUUUGCAGAUCCAGAACAGUUUGUCUCCUUGAUGGCACUGCCCGCUCAGACACCCAGCAUUGGGACACCGAGGGGCUGGCAGCCACUCUGGAAGGGGACAGCGGGGCACGGACAGGACCUGACCCCUGCAGAUGCUUCCUGGCUCUUCUGUCCUUCCUUCUCACCAGCUCUUCGCUGAGACGGGUGGCCAAAUGGGCCAAGUCUCCUUGCCGAGCACCUACACGAGUGAAAGGAAGCAGAGAGGCAGAGCGAUGGCUGUGGUGCCUCCUAGGCAGGCGGCUGCAGAGCAUCCUGUGCCAGAGGGAAGGAGGAUGUUGCUGCUGCAGGGCACUGAGCCCUGGCGGAGACACCGAAGUCACCUCCCACAGCGGGAUGUGUGGGCUGCUCUGCAUCACUCCCGGAGGUUCAGAAGUCCUUCGGGAGCACGAGUGCUCAGUUAAGGCAGAACAGAGCCACGGCCGCUUGUGGAGCCGCUGGGGGCUCCCAAAGCCCCGCAUUUUCCCCCGUGCGCAACCGGCUCCAGGUGUCGAGAGGGAAGGUGGUGCGUGUGGCUUCCAGGCAGCGAAACUCCCUGUGGGCUGCAGGGUGAGGCCGGUUUCUGGGUCUGGGAUGUGCUGGAGCAAAGCCGAGCUCGCCCCACGCUGCAGCGGGCUAUCCAUCCCCCCCCCCAAAACAACCUUUGGUCUGGGAUGCGUGGGACGCCCGCCUCCCCACAGGGCGCAGAGAAGGAAGAUAAGGCAGAGCUUCAAAGGCUGCGCUGGUUCUGCAGGUACAGGGGGAGAAAAAGUCCCUCUUCUGCCAGCACGUGCAAGAGACAAACUGCUCCUCUUGCAAUUGCUGCCAAAAGGCCAGAACCAGCAUCACAGCAUCUUCCUCCCCCUGCACGUGGGGAGCAUCGCCUGGAUCAUCUCGCGUACCUGGAAAACACAGAGCAAAGCUUUUGCGCCUUUUUAAAGGACACGUUGCAGAAUUUCCCAGGAAAAGACACUUCAAAAUCCUAAUUGUGAGCCUUGCGCUCCCCUGACCUACUCACCACCACAUGGCAAAUGCGCCAAAUCAUCUGGAUCCCCAAUAAUUACAGCCUGGCGCUAAGAAGCGAGCACCAAACCCGUCAUUAUCUGCAGAAGUUAUUGGACGAAUAUUAAAAAAACGCAAAACGCAACCAAAGGCAAGCGCACCGAACCCAGGGGGACGGCGGUGGUGGACGGGCUGCCCUCGGUCGGUCUCGCACGGGGGUGACUCAGGCGGCAGCGAUGCUGCCGGAGCAGGCUGGGCGUGCGGGGAGCCCUGCGCCUCCAGCCGGGAGCAGGGAGGGACGGGGCUGGUUCCCAGCCCCACUGCUGCCACGGGGCAGGGAAGGGCUUGGCACCGCCCGAUGCCACCCCAAGAUAACAGGAGCAUGGAGUAGGAACCCAGGUGGAGCUGAUCCCGGGGCAGGGAGCUGCAGGAAAGGGUUUGGGUGGUCCCUCUGCCCUGUCCCCGCUGUCUUCACCACGGGGCUGAGGCUCAGACCCUCUGCAGCAGAGUCCUGCCUGCGGAGCUGAGCGAGCUCAAGGCACUGCAGCAUCCGCAAGGGCCACAUCCAGGUACAGGCUGCUGUGGGGAGCUGUUACACCGUGCGGCGAGGGAGCGUUUUCGCCAAUAAGAAAAUAAAUUGAAAAUAAAGAUUUUUCUCCCUCCCUCUGUUCAGCCGCGUGCUUCCCGCACGGUAAAUCUUGGCGGGCUGACGGGUAUUUAGAAGCGCUCGUUCAUUGACAAAGUGAAAAAAAUAUACCUGGAGCAGAAGGGCCCUGUAAAGGUCCUUGUAGAGCGUGAUUUGUGGCUGUUUAUUCUCAGCAGCGAAGCAGAAUCCAUUAAAAUGGAUGUGCCCGUUACGGAGCACGUAGCUUCUCCCAGCGAGGCGCAAUUACGAUAACGAGCUGCAUGAGGGCGGGAGCAACUUUUCAGGUGGCGGGGCUCGUGAGCAGCAGAGCAGCUCCACAGCCCGCGAGGAACAACGGGGCCGCUUAGGGAAGGGUUCCUAAAAAUCACGGGACUCUGGCAAGGGCCAGAGCGUGGUGCCAGCUGGAGAGUCGUGGCCCCAAAGAGCUGCACCCCGUUUAGCCUAGCAGGAGCCUCUCAGGAGAAGAAGGAGAUAAACCACCCCAGCAGCAACGCUUCAGAGGUCUUCGGUGUGACGUUUUCCCCUUUUAUCUCCAGCCAAAUGGAAAAUAUUUGGGUUUUGCCCUGUUGGCUGAAGGGACCAUCAGCCCUUCCCUGGGCUCGGUUCUGCGUUGGGUCCUGCGGAGCUGGAAAAGAUCCCGCAGGAGAGCGAUCUGGCCGGCUUUCAACCCCCUGCUGACAGAUCCCACACCAUCCCUCGGUUAAUUGUUUGAAUAGUUAAUCACCCUCGUAAUUAGCAGUGUGCGCCGUGUUGCUCAUCUGAAUUUCUGGGUGAAACUUCCAGCUCCUGCCUCCUGCUAGACCUGUACUAGAUUAAAGAAGCUGUUCCCAUCCCAUUUCGGCUCCCCACGCAGGUUUUUGUGGGCUCUCAGCUCAGCUUCAGCUGGGAUUUUGGAGCCUUGUGCCUGCUUUUGAGCCUCUCCGUGCAGUUACAGCUCUUGUCCAGGAUGCUCUUUUGCUUUACCCUCACCGUGCCCGCAGCUCCUGUCUCUUCUUCAAGCUCCCGUCUCUUCUUUUUCAUCAGAUCUUUUCUUUCAAGUGCCUGGAGAAUGGGAUGGCAGCGUUAAACACGAGGUGUGGGGUAGGGGCAAAGCAUCCUAAUCACAAACUCGGUUGUAGGAGCAAUGGGUCCCCUGAGGUUUCCACAAAAGCGCAUCCUAACGAAGCUUCCUGAAAUGUAUGUGGAGCGUGUUGCUUAUCACAUAUGAUCCAGAGGGUGAAGUAUGCGCUCAAACAGUGCCUUAAAAAAAAAAUACAGGCAGAUGAAAUCAGCUUUAUAAGCACAGUGGUUAUCAUUAAUUAUUCCAGCUUGUUCAUUACCUGUAUCACCUAUAAAUGCAACAGCUCUAGAGUACCUGAGGAGUCUCUCGUACUGCAGGAUGCGUGGAAAAGCAGCCACGGUGACUGGGGAACUCCCCAGAUCCCCCAGAAGCGGGGUACGGCUCGCCCAGAGCUGCCACCUCACCAUGGGGCUGCGCACGGGACUCGCUCCCAUGCACAGCGUCACAGCCCUCCUCCUCCUCCUCCUCCUCCUCCUCCUCCUCCUCCUCCUCCAGGUAUUCCUUCCCCAUUAAGAUUCAGCACCGCUUUAAUUAAAAAGCCGGCACGCGGCCACCCAGUUCCCCAAGCACCCCGCACCAGUGCUCCCAGUCAGACCUGCUGGGUCAGGGCGUGCGUCGGACUGGGUGGUCCUGGGGGAGGCUGGAUGGGGGCUGCCACCCCAGGAGAGCCGGGCAACACCUGGGGGCUCCUCCUGCCAGGAUCAGGCUUUCUGCUUGCGGCACCCCUGGGUGCGCAGAGGGGACCUCCACCUCGGCGCGCUCACCAGCUGCCAUCCCUCUGGUGGUCUUCUCCCUGCUGGGAGAAGGUCAGCCCACCUCUAACAACGGUAUCACCGUGCUCCCAUAGCUCCUGGGGUGGGCAGCACCAGGGUAGCCCCGUGCAGACAUGGCCCUGCCAAAUCUCAGCCCUGGCUCCUUGGUUUUGGGGAAGGUGAGAGGUCUUUGAGGUCUGCUGUGUGCAGAUGAGGGGGGAAACUUAGGUUUUUGAGCAGGCUGGGCUGAGGUUACUGGUUUUAUUUUGAUUAUAAGCCUGACGUCGGUCUUGCUAAAUGGAUGUGCACUGUGUUUAAUUCCUGGGUACGUUCUACCUGCUGAUCCGUGAGGCUGAAACCAGUGGGAGAUGCAAGUGAACCUGGAAGGGCUGCUCCCAGAGGGUGUAGGGUGAACUGGGAAGCGUGGGAAUGUUUCCUGCAGGAUUAUAGGGUCAGGGUAGGUCUUGUGGGGCUGUGGUGGCUGCUGCGAGCCAGUUUCUCUUUUGGGAGGCGUAGCGAUUACCCUGGAGCAUCCUAAAAGACAGUUUCGUGUGCUGCAGGAACCGCACGGUGGAAGUUGAGGCUGUGCUUGGCGUGGAGCUGGGGAGCGCAGGUGCAGCACGUGCCCUUCCCUUCCCUUCCCUCGCUGCCUCUGCUGAGGCUUGUGCAUGUCCCAGGGGGUCGACGCCAGGAACAUCUCACGUGCCCUUGCUCUGGUUUUAUUUCCUGCUGAAUCCGUUGGCUUUGGCCCAUGCGACAUCUCCCUGGGCGCAAAGCUGGUGGUCUGGGGGCUGGAUGGCACAGAUUCGGCUCGGGCACCAACAUUAACAUCACACGUGGGGUGGAUCUGCAGGUUCAGGGCAGGGGACUCAUGUCCUCGGUGAGCACAGCCAGGAGGUUCACGAAGGACUGGCACGGAGGAGGUGAGGUUAAGCAGUGAAACCAGCUGUGGCUCAGGUGGCUCUGGCACCACGGAGAACCUCGCUCCAGGCGCUGUGUGGAGCCUGCUGGCUGGCUGCAGAGGGGCUCCCGGCCUGAGAACUGCUCAUCUCCUGUUGUGGCUAAUUACCAACCCUUAAAUGCCCUGCAGCUGGCAGUCACUGGCAUUUUUUCGCUGCCAGGAUGCUGAUGGAGAGCUCGUAGGACUCCUCCCUGCAGCUAGGAGCCCUUACAGCUGCUUUGCGCCACAGCAAGAGGGCUGUGCUCACCCAGCUCCCUCCUCCACCUCUUCGCUCGGUGUGAAUGUUGGCUCAGGGCUUGGCUGACCACUGUUUUCAAAGACACGUUCCCAGUGCUGCAAGAAUCAGCUUGAAACGAAGCUUUCCACCCUACAUGAAGUCCCCUCGUGCAUGUGCAUGGCGAGAUGCUCUUUAACGACGUGCUCCUGGGCGUUUCCUUCCCUGGGACCCUUCGGCAGGGUUUCCAUGCGAUAAUUCUCUUUGCUCUCCAAAAGGAGGGUUUCUCCAGCUGGGUUUUUCUUACGCCCCGGUGAAGUGUUGCACUCGAAAUGGCUGCAGGGGUGAAAACCCAGCAGGGCAGGAGGCGAGGGAGCCCUGCAGGAUUGGGGAGGGCAGCAGGGGGUGGUUGUGGUGACGUGCAAGCAGCAGGGGCCCUUUUGGGCACCCAGCUCCAUAUCUUGAUGAGCCCCCAUGUAGGUUCCACAAGCCAUUUUCUAGGCUUAGAAACCAACUGCAAGGGGGAAAAAAACCCUGCCAAAUCGCCACGUGAAGCCAUUCUGUGCUCUGGGUGGGUAAGGAGCUGAUGGCACAGGAGCAGCAGAGGCUCCUCCUGGAGCUGGGGGGUGGCAGUCGCCCUUGUGCCAGCCAGCACUGGGGUGGCUGCUGGGUUUGAUGGUCAUACUGGGAGCUCCUGUAAGCUAGAGUGGGGAAAACAGCCGAACCCAUUCAGCCAGCUGAGUAGUUUCACCCUGGAGGCACUGUGGGGGAAGCGAAGGCGUGGUGAAACAAGAAAUACAGACUGGGGAACUCGUGAACUCGCGCUUUGUUUUGGUGUGUGUGGGGGGGUCCCAGCUGCUGCAGUCCCCCUGGGGCCUUUAAAAACCUAUUCCACCAGGAGGUGUUGCUUCAGGUUCCUCGGCAAGCACAGAGGGCAGCACGUGGGCUCUGCUGGCCACCCUGGCUGGGCUGCGUUGUGCAACGCACCCGCCCCGUCUGGGAAUGGCGAAGGACUGGGGCUUCUUGCUGCAAGGGGAGGGUCUUGAGACACCCAGGAGCUUCAGAAACAAGGAGCAACACUUGCAGGUGUUGUUGCAGGGUUUCCAGCUCCAGCUGCACGUCUCCUCCCGUGCUGGCUCCCAGUGGACGGGUGUCUGACGUGCCUUGUCCCAUCCUUUGGGGAGCGAGGGAGGGUGGCUGAAUCGGGGGAGGAGGAGAAGGAAGCAGACCUGGGGACGAGUCCAGCCCUCUUGCUGGGAGAACAGCCUGGGGUCUCCCCUGCAACACCUCACCUUCCUCCUGCAGAGCCCUUCCUGGACAGGAGAGAGGAGGACUCUCCGCAGAGCUCCAUGGGGCGGUGUGAGGACACAAACGCACCCCUCAAAAAUUGGAGAUGCUCAGAAGAUGGCUUAAAACCCGGUGAGACGCUCCUUGCCUAUCAAACCACGACUCCAAACUCUCUCCAGGUGAGAGCUUCCCCUCCUGGGCUCGCAGGAGAGGCAGAAGGAUGGGGCUGCUCACCGGUUCGCCGUGCUCUCCAGCAGCGUUUCGCGUGCUGCGGGGACAGCUCAGCCCUGCUGCGGGUGCUUCUGCAGGAGGAUGCUGAACAAUGAAGCCUUAAAGAAGCACCCAACACCGUCACCAGUUCCUGAAGAGGCGUUGGGCAAGUGGAUGUGGAGCCAGAAGAGCCUGUUCUGGGGCAAGCCGGUGAGGCCUGCGGUUUGCUCAGCAUGGGAGAGAGCAGAAAUUUGGAUGAGGCUGUGAAAUUCCAAGGUUCAACAUGAGGUGGUGCAAAGCAUCCACUUCCCGUCCCCGAACCGGAGCCACAGCUCCCUGUGCAGUAGCAAGGAGGAGGAACCGAACGUCUCUGGAUAAAGGAGGUGCUAGGGAAACCUAGAAAAAAAUGAAGUCAUCAAAAUAUAAAAAGAAAACGAGAAGAGAUUAAUCCAGGGGAAUUCAUCUAUCCCUGCUCAUCUCUACAGCCGCCUGCUUUUUGGAAGAGGGAUUCUGAAGUUAAAAUGAUUAUUUUUUUUUCCCCCCAUGCUUUCCACUGUGAGAAUAGAUUUUAGGAGGAGAGUUCUGCUUUAUAACUGUUAGUUAUGCACUAGGCUCCCCGGGCAUGCGACACAAUUUAAGCACCUUCAUUCCCCCUUUGUGAUACAUGGAUGCUAACGCCUUGGGCAGUGCAGUCGUGAUUCCCUUGGUCCCAGCAGCACGCAGGGUGCAAAAACCAAGCCAGCCCCUGAUCGAAACGCAUGGGUCCUCCUGGAAAGGGUGUUGAGUGCUCCUUCACCUCUCCAAAACACCUCUGUGGGCGGAUGGAGAUGCUCUCCCCACCCCUAAUGAACAUGACUCACUCUGGAGUGGUUAGCGCAUUAACAUAAAGAGCUCUACCCUCCCGCUGCCCUGCUUGCUCAAUUAAAGUGUCAUUUGAACCCCGUC